GGCCGCCGCUCUCCGCGCGGCAUUGCCGCCGGGCGCAAGCCGGGACGUCGACGUCGGCUUCACGGUCAUCGAUGCCGCGGGCUCCUGCUCAGACCCCGCCCGCGCGGCGCAUGCCGCCCCACUGCGCCACCGGGGCGUGGCUUCUUGGCAGGGCCGGGCACCUGCGGCGGAACUUGCUGCCGUCUUUGAGCUGUCGCGGGACCGCCUCGCCAGCGCUCUUGCCAGCGGCCGGUCGCCGCGGUCUGCCGCGGCCGGCCCCGUGGCGGGCGUCAUCGCCUCGGCUUGGCGCCUCGGGUGGACGUGCGCUUCCCCGCGACGCUUCGCAGACGACCUCGGCGAGCCGCGGGUGCUCUCGGCAUUCCCCGCCGUGGUCGCGGGCAAGCCAGACAUGCCCACUGCCGAGGGCGCAG